AUCAAACAGCAUUAACCGUGAAUCAUGUCCACCACUUCACGCCCCACCAUCGCCUUCUUCGGUGCCACCGGGGGCUGUACGCUCAACUGCCUCAUUCUGGCCCUCAACGCCGGCUAUGAGUGCAAUGCACUCAUCCGCACCCCCCACAAAUUAACCACCCUCCUGGCCACCCACAACAUCGACACCAACGCCACCGCCAACCUGCACAUCAUCCCAGGCUCCGCCGACGACCUCCCCGCCGUGCGUCAAACCCUCCUCCGCCCCGCGCCCACUCCUACCGAUGAAUCGCAACCAGUCGACCUCAUUAUCUCCGGCAUCGGCAGCAAACCGAAAUUCGACUCCCUGCUGCGCCCGACACUCGAGAACCCCACCGUCUGCCAGGAUGCGAUGCGCACCGUGCUCCGCGCCCUGCACUCCCUGCCGACACCCCCCAGCCACCCACCGACCAAGCCCAAGCUGGUUGUCAUCAGCACCACGGGGGUGGACUCAAAACGCGACGUGCCCUGCCUGAUGCUGCCGCUGUACCAGUGGAUGCUCAAGGUGCCGCAUGCAGACAAGAAGGUGAUGGAGGAGCUGAUCCUCGCGGAGGGCGCGCGGGAGGAUCCUGCGCUGGCGGGGUAUAUGAUUGUGCGGCCGAGUUUGCUGAUAGAUGGGGAGGCGGGGGAGGGGUUGGAGAAGGUGCGCGUGGGGACGGAGGCGGAGCCUGCGGUGGGGUAUACCAUCACUCGCGCCGAGGUCGGGAGGUGGAUUUAUGAGAAUGCAGUGGUGGGAUUUGAGAGGAAUGGGGGGGAUGGGAAGGGGGAGAGGGGGUAUUGGGGGCGAUUGGUCUCGAUUACGCAUUGA